AUGGGCUCUAAUCUAGCACUCUCCCCCCACCUUUGUUGUUCUGAGCCCAGAAGGGUCCUGCCUCUGCUUUGCUCUGCUCUGCCCCUAAGAAGCACUUCACAAAUAUUGCAACCGGAUAAGUUGGUGGUGGUGUGGACCCGGCGGAACCGUCGCAUCUGCUCCAAGGCCCACAGCUGGCAGCCGGGCAUCCAGAACCCUUACCGGGGCACCGUGGUGUGGAUGGUACCUGAGAAUGUGGACAUCUCCGUGACCCUGUACAGGGACCCCCACGUGGACCAGUAUGAGGCCAAAGAGUGGACAUUUGUUAUUGAAAAUGAGUCCAAGGGGCAGCGGAAGGUGCUGGCCUCAGCCGAGGUGGACCUGGCCCGCCACGCGGGGCCCGUGCCUGCCCAGGUUCCGCUGCGGCUGCGGCUGAAGGCCAAGUCGGUGAAGGUGGUACACGCGGAGUUGAGCCUCACCCUCUCGGGGGUGCUGCUGCGAGAGGGCCGUGCCACGGACGAUGACAUGCAGAGUCUUGCGAGCCUUAUGAGCGUGAAGCCUAGUGACGUGGGCAACUUGGACGACUUUGCUGAGAGUGACGAGGAGGAGGCUAAUGGUCCAGGAGCCCCUGAGGCUCGGGCUCAGGCCCCCCCGCCAGAUCCCCCUCGAGAGCUGAAGACACUCCGUGAGGAGGAGGAGGGCCGGGCGCAGCCCCGGCAGGCAGCUGCCAGCCCGUCUAGUACUGAGGAUACCAGCCCAGCCCCUGUGAGUGUCCCUGCGCCCCCAGCCAGGGCCUCCCGGGGCCAGGGGUCAGAACCAGCUACUGUAGUCGGGGGCCAGGUGGGGCCUGAAGCCCCAAGGCCCCCCGGAACCCCACUGGAGACAAGGUCCUCAAGACAUCCAGACCAGGAUUUGGCCCCCAUCCCGGCCCCUCGGCUCCGGAAAGGCUCUGAUGCCCCCUGCCCCUCAGUCCCCCAAGGGAAAGAUGAGGCCCCCAAAGCCUCAGGGGCUCCCCCAGCAGGAGUGGGUUCUGCUGGGGAGACCCAGGCCCAGGCAAGCCCUCAGGAAGGGACAGAGGCCCAGGGAGCCGGGCCGAGCCCAGGCGUUGAGGAUGGAGGCUGCAGAAACUCUUUGGAAGGGCAGAAAGUCAAGGCUGAGGAAGGCACCGUUGGGGACAGGCCAGAGGCCAGUGGGGUGGACACUGAGCAGGGGUCAGGACCCAGAGGUGUGAACACCAAGAGGUCAGAGGUCAGAACUGGGGAGGCUGAAGAGAGUUCAGAAGUUAGUCAAGUGGAUGCUGAGCAGAGGUCAAAGGUGAGACAUGUGGACACUAAGGGACCAGAGGCUGCAGGGGUGAUGGCUGAGGCAAGGUUCAGGGGAACUCCUGAGGCUCCUCUGAGGGCCUCUCAGGGGAGGACAGGGGUCAGGACCCGGGAUGAGGUUCCUACUGUCCAGAGCUCACCCCCAGCAGAGCCUGCAGGGCAUUCCAGGCAUCUCAGUGACUCCGAGGGGUCCAGGGCUGCUGCAGGCCAGGAGAGAGAGGGUGCAGAGGUGAGGGGCGGGGCCUCUGGUGUUGGGGGGACAGGCCUGGAGCAGGGCCCCUCUGUUGGAGCAGCAAGCACCAGGCCCCAGGUGAGCAGGUCCCAGGAAGCCCCACCCACAGCUGACCAGGGGGCAAUGUCUAGGGAUCUGGGGGUCUGGGAGGCAGAAACUGGGGUCUUGAGUGUCCUGGGAACAGAGAUGGGGAUGACGGAAUCAGAGGUUUUGGGGACCCAGGAGACAGAAGCAGAGGGAUCAGCGUUCCCAAAGAUAGAGAGCGAGACAGCAGGAGCUGAAAGGUUGGAGGCCCCGGAGACAGAGGCAAUGAGAUCGGGGGUCCCUGAGUCAGAAGCCGCUGGGAUGGCAGAGUCUGAGGAACCGGAGACCCAGGAAACAGAGGCUGGGGCUUCAGGAGUUCUGAGAACAAAGACGGGGGUGGCAGAGACUGAGCUAUUGGGGGCCCAGGUGAUAACAGGGGGCUCAGGGGUACUGAGAAUAGAAGCUGAGAUAGCAGAGCCUACAAUAUUGGGGGCCAAGGAGACAGAGGUGGGAGAGUCAGGGGUCUCGGCAGUAAAAUCUGAGGCAUCAGGGACCCAGGAAACAGAAGUAGCAGGUUCUGAGGUUCCAGGGUUUGAGGCUGAGACAGCAAAGGCAAAGAUACUGGGGACCCAGGAGAAAACAGCUGAGGGUUCAAGGGUCCCCAAGAUAGAAUCUGAGGUAGCAAGAGUCCACGAAGCAGAGGUAGAGGGUUCAGGGAUCCCAGGGGUGGGGACUGAGACAGCAGAAGCUGAGAUAUUAGGGACCCAGGAGGUAGCAGCUGGGGGUUCAGGGGUCCCAGGGGUAGGGACUGAGACAGCAGAAGCUGAGAUAUUGGGGACCCAGGAGGUAGCAUCUGGGGGUUCAGGGGUCCCAGGGGUAGGGACUGAGACAGCAGAAGCUGAGAUAUUGGGGACCCAGGAGGUAGCAUCUGGGGGUUCAGGGGUCCCAGGGGUAGGGACUGAGACAGCAGAAGCUGAGAUAUUGGGGACCCAGGAGGUAGCAGCUGGGGGUUCAGGGGUCCCAGGGGUGGGGACUGAGACAGCAGGGGCCCAGGAGACAGAGAUGGGAGAUUCAGGGGACUCAGGGCCAGAGGUUGGAAUGGCAGAGGCUGAGGGACUGGGGACUCAACAGACAGAAAGGACCGUUUUGGAGGCUGAGAACGCUAAGGUCUCUGGGGUCCUGGAGGCAGAGGCUGGGCUCCGCGGGAGCUUCAUGUAUGAGGCGUUAAAGGCCCCAGUUACUAAGCAUAGAGUUUUAAGGCCCCAGGGAGCAGAGGCAGAGACUGCAGUUUUGAGGGUCCAGGAGUUGGAGGCUGGGGAUUUGGGGAUUUCAGAGGCCAAGUCUGGGGUGUGGGGAGCCCCUGAAGCAGAGGUGGAAGCUUUAGGUCCUCCCGAGAACCAAUCUGGUGUUUUUGAGGCCCAGGAAGCAGAGGCUGGGGUCUUGGGAACCGAGAAGGGGAGAGAAGCUGAGGCCGGCCUGACUGAGACGCAGGUGGCCAGUGGGGCAGGGGCUGGGGUGCCCAGGCCCUCAGGGGCCUCUUCCCCAGAGGAGCCUGAAGAGGACAGGAGGCUGCCCGGCAGCCAGGCACUACCUACCCUGGUCAGCUCCAGCCAGUCCCUACUGGAGUGGUGCCAGGAGGUCACCGCUGGCUACCGGGGCGUCCGAGUCACCAACUUUACUACGUCCUGGCGCAACGGUUUGGCUUUCUGUGCCAUCCUGCACCGAUUCUACCCAGACAAGAUCGACUAUGCUUCCCUCGACCCACUCAACAUCAAGCAGAACAACAAGCAGGCCUUCGAUGGCUUCGCGGCCCUGGGCGUGUCCCGGCUGCUGGAGCCCGCGGACAUGGUGCUGCUGUCGGUGCCGGACAAGCUGAUAGUCAUGACCUACCUGUGCCAGAUCCGCGCCUUCUGCACGGGGCAGGAGCUGCAGCUGGUGCAGCUGGAGGGCGGCGGCGGAGCUGGCACGUACCGCGUAGCCAGCACCCAGCCCAGCCCGCCCGACGACCUGGACGCCAGUGGCCUGGCGCAGAGGCUGCGGGAGCACCGGGCAGAGUCGCCCGAGGAGCCCAAGGAGCCGAAGGAGGCGGCGAGCCGCGGGGAAGGGGCAGCCCCCGAGGAGGCUUCCAAGGACCAAGGGGCCGAGGCCGCCAAGGAGGCCCGUCUGCGAGUCCCGCCGAGGCUCCGAAGCCCGCCGUCGUGCCCGCGCCAAGGCGUUGUGAAUGGGCCAGAGCCUGGCGCCGAAGGCGCUUGGCUUCACAGCCUUUCACCCCUGACUCUCACCAAUACUCUGUGGGGACCCAGGAACAAGGUUGGUGAGGCUCAGAGAGUGGGAGUCGACUGGCCAGGACCACAGGGCCAGGGAUGGAGAUUCUUCCUAGAGGAGCUAGGGGCUGGGGUGCUGUGCAUGCAGGACUGGAGACACAGCUGGAUGGGCAGGGUAUGGAAUUGCGGGUCCUUCCCUCCGUGUGUAAGGCUCUGGCUGGGUCCAGGGUGGGAUUGUUGGGGAACCCCUCCAAGCCGUCACUGUCUCCUUCCUCCACAGGAAGGUCUGAGCCCUGCCCCCGGCCUACCCACCGCCCCAGCCCCAGCCCCACAGCAGCCCUCUGGUGGCAGUCCCCCAUUGGAGGAGCCAUCCCCUAACCCAGGGGAAGAGGCUGGGCUGCAACGGUUCCAGGACACAAGUCAGUACGUGUGCGCAGAGCUACAGGCCCUGGAACAGGAGCAGAGGCAGAUAGAUGGACGGGCAGCUGAGGUGGAGACGCAGCUGAGGAGCCUUAUGGCAUCAGGUGCCAACAAGCUGCAGGAGGAGGUGCUGAUCCAGGAGUGGUUCACACUGGUCAACAAGAAGAACGCUCUCAUCCGGAGGCAGGACCAGCUGCAGCUGCUCAUCGAGGAGCAGGACUUGGAGCGGAGGUUCGAGCUGCUGAGCCGGGAGCUACGGGCCAUGCUGGCCAUCGAAGACUGGCUGAAAACGGCGGCGCAGCAGCACCGAGAGCACCUGGAGCAGCGGCGCCGCAAGCUGAGCCGGCAGCUGAGCCGGCGCGAACGCUGUGUGCUGAGCUGAGCCGCCGCCGGAGGAGUCCUCGGCUUUCCGGUCGCCGCCCCGGCGUGCGCUCCCGACGACCCGGCCCCCUCGGCUGCCGCGCGCGGCUGUAGGGGCCGCUGUCGCUCCUUCCCCGGGAGGACGGGGUGCCGCGCCUUCGGGCGUAUUAAUUUGUCUGUGUG